AUGGCCUCAGAUGCACUCUUCAGAGUGCUUGCGAGGUUGCAAAAUCUACCUGUGAUGUCUCUGCCCACAGAUUAUCCGCGAUCGACUGGUGCUAAUAAACUCAUCGAAGCCGCUCAUCUAGCAGAUCUUUCAGAGCAGACAUCACUCAGUCUUUUGAAGCUCGCUCUUCAUGCAGAGAGCGAAGAUAGUGAAGAGGACGAGAAUAAAACUUCUGGAACUAGACCGUCGGCCUUCCAUCUACUCCUCUCUGCUUUUCUUGUCCUCUUACACAGGUACACUGGAGAUACAGACUUCGUGAUAGGCUCCUCCUCUGCCACUGCAAGCUCUCCUUUGAUUCUUCGACUUUCAGUGGAGCCAUCAGAUUCAUUCUGGACUAUCGUGCGCCGUGUUCAGCAUGUCGAACGCGAGGCCGAAGCAGAUCUUCUGCCCUAUGAGACGAUCGUACGGGCUUUACACAAGGACAAAGACGACUCUGUCGAAGCAUCCCGUCCCCUUUUCCGUGUCCGUUUCUUUGAUGAAACAGAUCAGCCACGGGAUAACUUCAUCCGAUCAACUAGCUUAACGUCUGAUCUUACCAUCUUCCUCUCUGUACUUCUCAGGAAGGUGUCCACUAAUCCAACUGCGGCGGUCGGCUCUGUCCCUCUCUUGACGACUGCUCAACGCGAACGCUUACCCAACCCAACAGCGAAUUUACAUUGGUGUGACUGGAAGGGAGCCAUCACAGAUGUUUUUUCCCGUAAUGCACAGAAUUGGCCUGAUAGAUCGUGUAUCAUUCAAAGUAUCCCUGCAUCGAUUCCUAGCGAACCGCAGACGAGGCGAACAUUCACUUACGGAGACAUUCGGAGAGCCUCCAACGUCCUAGCGCACCACCUCCUAGCAGGUGGUGUGAAGAGGGAAGAAGUCGUCAUGAUCUACGCACAUCGUAGUGUCGAGCUGGUCGUAGCUGUUAUGGCAGUUCUUAAAAGCGGUGCGACAUUCUCGGUCAUAGAUCCUGCAUAUCCGCCUUCACGGCAGAUAAUAUACCUUCGGGUAGCUCAACCUCGUGGCCUUGUUGUCCUUUCGGGUGCUGGCAAAAUUGCGCCUUCUGUGCGCGAAUUCCUAUCCACGGAACUCAAAAUCCGUGUAGAGGUACCCGCGCUUGAAUUUUCUCCCACAAGUCAAAUACUCGGAGGCGCGAACGACGGAAUCGAUGUUUUGAAGGCCCAGGUCCGUCUCGCAGAAACGGAUCCUAAUGUUAUUUUAGGUCCCGACAGCAUCGGCACGCUGUCCUUCACCAGUGGAAGCACUGGCAUCCCCAAGGGCGUUCGAGGACGCCAUUACAGUCUCACACAUUUCUUCCCUUGGAUGGGCAACCGCUUCCUCCUCACUGAAACUUCCAAGUUCACAAUGCUGAGCGGGAUCGCCCACGAUCCCAUCCAACGUGAUAUUUUCACGCCCCUCUUCUUGGGUGCAGAGCUUCAUGUACCCACCGCAGAAGACAUUGGCACACCCGGCCGUCUCGCAGAAUGGAUGGACGACAGCAAGGUUACAGUCACGCACCUGACCCCCGCCAUGGGUCAGUUACUGUCCGCACAAGCAACGCGCCAGAUCCCAUCCCUACAAAACGCAUUCUUCGUCGGUGACGUCUUAACCAAGCGCGAUUGCCUCCGCCUCCAAGCCCUCGCCCCUAAUGUGCAGAUCAUCAACAUGUACGGCACAACAGAGACGCAGCGCGCUGUAUCUUACUUCGCGAUUCCACCCUUAUCCGUAGACGCGACUUUCCUCGCCACUCAGAAGGACAUCAUGCCAGCUGGAGAGGGUAUGAUUGACGUGCAGCUCCUUGUCGUCAACCGCAGCGACAGAAAUGUCCCUUGCGCAGUGGGAGAGGUCGGAGAGAUUUAUGUGCGAUCUGGAGGCUUAGCGGAGGGAUACCUCGAUACCGAAGCCACUGCCGAGAAGUUCGUUAGCAAUUGGUUCUCUCCUUCCACUUUACCCUGGAGGGACAUAAUUUUGCAUCCACCUCAGGGCCUUGCUGGGCCCGAGUCGCGUCACUGGAAGGGCAUCCGUGAUCGGAUGUACCGUUCGGGCGAUCUUGGUCGGUAUCUCCCUGAUGGGCGCGUUGAGUGCACAGGUCGUGCAGAUGACCAGGUUAAGAUCCGUGGUUUCAGGAUUGAGCUUGGGGAGAUCGAUACGUUGAUGAGCCAGCAUCCGCUCGUGCGGGAAAACGUUACACUCGUGCGGAGAGACAAGGACGAGGAAAAGAUCCUCGUCAGUUACUUCGUGCCUCUGCAGGGCUCGAAGCUGGAUGGCUUUGCCAGCGAGCUCACGGAGGAUGACGAGAAGGUUGAUGGCAAGAGUCCAAAGUAUAGACGGCUCAUCAAGGAUAUCAGGGAGCACCUCAAAAAGAAACUGCCUAGUUACAGCAUACCAUCAUUGUUCGUUCCGCUGCAUCGUAUGCCCCUGAACCCCAAUGGCAAAAUAGACAAACCCGCACUUCCCUUCCCCGAUACGGCACAAGCCCACGCUGUGCACCCCGAACCCAAAAAGGGUGUUAACGGGCGCACAGCGAGCCCCACCGAACAAACUAUGCGCACCAUCUGGGCUAGUAUUCUCCCGAACGCGCCCACGCCUAUCCCCCUCGACGAAAGCUUUUUUGAUCUGGGCGGUCACUCCAUCCUUGCUACGCGUCUCAUUUUCGAGAUCCGCAAAAUCUUCGUUGUCGAAGCUCCACUCGGGCUUAUCUUCGACCAGCCAACUAUCACGGGCCUCGCUUCUGCGCUAGAUGCGCUUCGUGAUCCGCACUUUGGCAUCGCUUACGAGGACGCCGAGACGCGCCCUGCGACGCCUGUCAAGGCAUCUGUGAAAUUGAAUUCUGCUAUUCUGUACGGACAGGACUACGAGACGCUCGUUCAACGCUUGCGACCCUCGUACUCGCCGAUAUCUGAGGACUUCAAAUCGGGCGCUGUGACUGUGUUCUUGACGGGUUCUACUGGUUAUCUCGGGGCUUUUGUGUUGCGUGAUCUCCUCCAGCGCCUUGAUAGAGUUCGGAAGGUCAUUUGUCUCAUACGUGCGCCCAGCGUCGAACAAGGUGUGGCGCGUCUUAGAGAAGGCUCCAGUGAUCGAGGCGUUUGGGAUGAGCAAUGGGUCACCUCGGGUAGACUCGAGGUGGUGAUUGGAGACCUUGGCCUUGAUUUGUUCGGUAUGGGCGAGGAAGCGGACGUCGUCUUGCACAAUGGUGCCCUGGUGCAUUGGGUGUACCCAUACGAGAGGCUUCGUGCACCGAACGUGAUCGGUACCUUGACUGCUGUGGAACUCGCCUCGACGAAAAAGCAGAAGCUGCUUGUUUUCGUUUCAUCCACAUCGGCGAUCGACACCGAGCACUAUGUGCGCUUGUCUGACUCUCUGGCACAGUCUCAAGACUCGCGGAGAGGUGCCAAAGUGGGUCUCAAGUCCGGUUAUGGCCAGAGCAAAUGGGUGUCGGAGAAGCUGCUCUUUGAAGCUGGUAGGAGGGGCUUACGGGGCCAUAUCGUGCGGCCCGGUUAUAUUGUUGGCGACUCGCACACUGCAGAUAUCAACAACACCGUGAACAUGGUACCUGUGGAUCACCCCCUGCCAAACGCUGCGCAAAGCGUGCUGCACAUCACUGCUGUACCCCCUCCGACAUUCAACAACAUCCUAUCAUCAUUGGCCGAGUACGGGUUCCCUACACAGCAAUGCGACUGGAGCAAGCACGUCAUGGAGGUCCAAGAUAACGCCCUUUUCCCCCUCCUCCAUUUCGUCCUUGAUGAUUUACCAACGAGUACGAAAGCUCCGGAGCUUGACGCCACUAACACUAUGGCGUUGUUACGCUCCCAAGGGCAGCAGUGCACGUUCACUGUUUCAGAACAGCUCAUGGGAAGGUACCUUGCGUGGUUAGUCGGAGCGGGGUUCUUGCCAGCGCCGUCUUCGUCAGCACCAAACAAGAUAUUACCCCAGUUGGCUAAUGGUGCCGUGAUCAAAGCUGCAGGUCGGAGUGGUGCUUAA